AUGGCAUGGGAUCGCGCUUUUCAGUCUGAAGUAAAAUAUCUCCAGGAAAUUUACCGCAGACGUCAAGUGGAAGGAUGGCCCAGAAGGGCCCUCUGCAACCACCUGGUUGCAGUGCUGUACCAAACGGCACACUACAGGGCCAUGGGCUUUAAAAGUGUGCCAGUCCCUUUAUCCUGCACCAGUACACUGCAAAGAUGGCAUCGGCCAAGGACCCAGGGAAUUGCACCAGAGUCUACAACCAACAUGGUGGUAAAAAAAUCCACAAAAACAACAACUAAAUUUGUGAAAUCGAUUGUUUACAAGGCCUAUUCCGGUCCACUUCCAGAUCCCCAUAUAAUGUCCAGCAUGAAGAAGCUUGAGAAUAGUGUCCUCCAGGCUCAGCUGACGGGACCUCUUCAGUGGAGGAAUGAUUAG